ACUAUAAUUCUAACUUAACUGUAUAUUGCGCACUUUCAAAUCAAAGUCUAACUUAAAGGUUACUAAUUUCUAUUGAAUCAAAGUCAACAUUCUUAGUUUACAUUGUGUGCCUAUAUUCAAUUAGUUUGUGAAAAUUGCCAGUAAUUAUUUCAUUUGAAAUGAGGUACGGGCCGAACCUCGCUGUGUUAGAUGUUUUUGCACUUACCUUUAGCUAAUUAAUUUAUCAAGAAUUCUGUUUUAUAUUUUCUCUACGACAUUUGGACUGAACUUGGAUGGAUUAACAUAUGGAUUUUGUACUCUGCAACUAAAAAAUAUUCGAUAGUCAUCUAUUUUCCAAAACAAAUGUUAAAACGCUUAAAAUUACAAAAUCUAUUAUCGUUCUCAUAAAUUGCUCGGACUCCUUGAAUACCUUAUCGUUACUUUGCUAAAUCGCAUGAUCCACGCAUGAGUUUAAAAAUAUACAUAGUUUGCUUGGUAAAUGUGUGAUAAUAUUUAAGGUCUUGCAUAAAUUUUUCUGUAUGUAAGCAAAAAUUUGAAAACAAACAUGGAGCCAUUUCUUAGUAGUUAUACAAACUUUAUAGUUUAGCUUUGCGCUUUCUGAGUUCUAUUUUGCAUCCAGAAGCUUUUAAAAUUGGACAUCUUGUAAUGAGCCCUAAAUGAAUGAUAUUUUAAGCGACACCUAAAUUCACUGAACUACAUGAUUUGUUUUUAGAGGUAUUUCCAAGAAUAUAUUGAUAUACCUAUUGUUACAUAUUUAAAAUUGUCAUCUCACUCUAUAAAAGUGAAUAUGUGUUUAUUGCUUUCGUACUGCGGGCGAUUUGCCGGUUUUGAUAAUAAUUUUAAUAUUAACCGCCGGUAUCAGUCAACAAUUAACAUGUAUGUGUAUGUGGUUGUAAUGCAGAUGUAAGUAAAUAAAAACCAUUAAAGCAUUUUGGCAUUUAUUGUAUGAAACACGUCCCAAAAACAUAAUUUAGCUGAAUUGUAUUUAUUUUUUAUUCUAACUUGCAUAUAUAUAUGUAUACGUAGGUUCAUAUUAAUAUUUCGAAACAACAGAAAAUGUCUCUAACUACAGAUUUAUUUAUAUGAAGCAUUUGUUGUUGGUUUGUAUUGUCGGAAUUGUUUAUAUGUAUUUUUUGAAAUGUAGCCAAAAAAUUAAGAUUUGUAUAUAUUUUAUGUACCUAUUAUAUAUGUAUAUGUAUACAUAUGCAAUAUAUGUACCAAAUACAGUUCAAUGGUUCCGAAAAGUCUAUAUGCUUAAAAAAAAAGUUUUUUUUUUCAAGAUAAGAUAUGUACCAUAUAAGCAAUAUGAUGGUCCGGGAAAGUAAUCUAUGUACAUAUGUAUAAUGUCUAUAAUAAAAAACGAAAUUAUAUAUAAAUUCGUACUGAAUAAUUUGCGUACGCGUAAUAAUUUUUUGUAUACAAUGCCGGAAAUUGCACUUUAAAAUAAAGACUAAUUUUAACGGUAUUUGUUAAAUAAAGAAUAUUUCUGCUUUUGGAAUAAAAUAGCGCAAUCAUGCAUCACUUAAUACAGUGCAAAGAAAAAAUAAUGCUAAAAUAUUUCGUAUUUGUUGCUAUGUAUUAGUUGAUACUGAUUUAAAUUUUUUUUAUUUGUUAAUAAAAUUUGGUUUUGGCAUCUUAGUAUUAUCUUUUAACCAAAAGCUGUUUAUAUUUUGUAAUUUUUGGCAGUAAAAAUGAGACAUACUGAUGUACAGUUACAUAAAUAUACAUACAUACAAAAAUGCACCACAAAAGCAAUUAGAAAAAAAUAACAUUUCAAACAUUUGCAAAAUUUCUUCAUAAUUCUUAUUAAAUCAAUCAUGCUCGUCUAUACUACAAUUAUGUACAUAUGUCUAUUUAAUUUAGACGACCACAAUUUGGGAAAAAUCGAUUUUUAAUUUGUUUGUUGAAAACAAUAAAUUAGGGUGAGGGUGUCAGGCGAACAAAAAGCAAUUCUGUAAACUUUGACUGCCUAAACAACGAACUAAGCGCCACACAUCACUAAACUAGUUGGUGGAUGAGUAUUGCCGUAUGUAGCAAGAAUGGCGACGAAGCAUGGAAAUUUGUUAAAUAAUAAAGCACAACGACACCGCAUGGCGUUAUAAAAAACAUUAGUCAAACGUCUCAAACGCAUUCUGACAAAAUGACGCAAUGGAAGCGGUGUGAGCGUGUUCCUCAAAUGUUCAGCUGUUGGCAAUAAACUGCACACAAUUGUACAUUUUCAUGCAUGCAUACAUACGUAAAUACAAGGACAGUGCGGAUUUACCGAAUGUUUGGGGCUAAGGACCGACCGCAUUAGUACAUAUAUAUUUUUCUAUUGAAAUAGAGAAAAAAUAAAUCAUAUUUAAAUGUACUAUGUGAUUUAAGAUAUACAUAUACAUCAUCACCCUACUAAAACCAUACAUGUGCUAUUUACUUUCCCCUUUUCCUACAAUAUUUAGCAUAAAAGCAUAUUUUACUAAGACUAUGGGCUUUUACUAUGGCAGGUUUCAAAUUACCGGCUAGAAAUUUAAAAGGCGACAAAAGUAACGAAUUCGUGUAAAGUCGACACUAACGUUUGUACGAAGCAGGUCUUGUAUUAAUACAUAUAUAGAAAUAUGCAUAUUGCUACUUUCAUUCUUACAAAACGCCAAAGACGAACUAAGUUUUCCUUUGCGUACCUUUCAUACAUAUUAUAUAUAUGUAUGUAUCUACCGCAAAGUAACUCACCCUUAGUUAUAAUCUAACCACUGUCGCCCACUACACAAUUGUAUUUUGCUUAUUGUUGCUAGUUGCUACUCGAACAGAGGACAACCGCGUGAGGACGAGUGCAAAGCCAAUCGAAACAUAUCGCUACUUGUACACCUUGAACGAAAUAUAAACCUAUAGGUAAAAAAAUGCGCAAAGAACAAUAACCAAAGAAAGCCAAUGUUUAUUUUUCUAUUUCAUUUCAUUGUGUACGCCAUCUCAUGUCUUUUGUUGGAACUUGUUUUAUGGUAGCCGCUUUGAGCUUAAGUGGUUCAGCAGAUAUGUGAAUUGACUUACUUAUUCUAUAUUGUCUUAUUUCUAUUCAAAUCCAGGUUUCAUUACACUACAACAUCCUUUCUUAUGCCCUGCCGAUAAAACUAUAAGUGAAAUUGUAGCUUUCUAAAAAUGCGCUUUUAACCCCCUAACGGGGUUACCGUUUCAUAUUUGUUUUAGUAAUUUGUACGUGAGCAUCAUGCAGUGACAAACAUAUGUAUUUCAAAUUCAUAUUUUGAUAACUAACAAAAAUUUCGACAAAAUAUUUCUACAGAAUAUCCCAACAAUUAUUUUGUGAUGUUGAAAAUGUUAAAAUUAAGGUUUGCCAAGUCCAACUAUAUAUUACGUGCACUCUUCUUCAAACGUUCAUCGUAAAACUUAGAACUACACUUUCUCCUCUACCUUAUGUUUUGUGUGCACUUCCUAAACAUCUGCAAACAUGUUUUUGUCGUCAUAUAUUCAAUAUUGGGGUAAUACUUGACCAAGCAGUUAAUGCUUUGCAAUUUGCCAGUGAGCUGAAUAGCCCUGCAACUGACGUUUAUUAAUUGCAAUCUUGAGGUAAAAUGAUUUCCCAGUCAGAAUGUAAACAAUGUGUGCAACUUGUGUUGCAAGUUUAUUAUUUAAUAAACUAUUGCUUUAAACUAUAAAUUAUAAACCGAGAUUACUGAUUUUAAAAAGUAGAUUUUGUUUUCACACCCACUGCAACGAAUAAAUAGUAUACUCUUUCGAAUGUACACGUAUAUUAAUUUAACCCUAAAAGCCACAUAUUUACAUACAUAUACACGUAUGUUGUGAAGACCAUUUGAUAAGUUUAAAAUAAUUACUUUUAACAUUCGUGUAACUACUAUGUGAAAGUGUGUGUGUCGAAACCUUGGCACACUACAUAUUUAUGCACCCGAAUACAUACAUAUAUACUGUGCAAUCGUUGCCAUACAAAUUGCCACAGCUGGUAAUUACUACCAUUUUAUUUUUCGUUUUUGGCUCUGGUAUUUUUUCCAUAAUCUAUCAAAAAUCUAAAUUGCAGGUUAAUAAUAGUCCCCGUGCGUUUUAUUGCCACUUGGUAGGUGUUUAAAUUCAUUGCAAGUGUAUGCAGUAAUGAAUUAGUAAAUUUUACUAAUAUUAACAAUUGCGAGCUAUGUAUAGUUUUGUUCUUUUAAAGUUAGAUAUAUUAGUGUAUUUGAUAAUUAUUACAACAAACUCUGUUCCGCGCAUAAAAAUCUGUCAAAAUUGUGGAAACCUGAAGAGAAAAUGAGAGUUGAUCAUCACGUUGAUCAGAAAUUUGUCAAGCAAAAAAAAUUGAUGAAGCAACCAAAAUGUCAGCAGGAGUAAAUAAAUACACAAGAGUUUUCUGUUGGAGGGUCCCUUCACUCGUCCCGUUAUCACUGUUAUGAAAAUAACCAAUCCAACAGAUAAUAUUAUACUGUUCAAGAUAAAAACGACCGCUCCAAAACGAUAUUGUGUGCGUCCAAAUUUCGGUUCACUCGAACCACAUACGCAUGCCAGGAUUGAAAUUUGUUUACAACCUUUUGUGUAUGAUCCCAACGACAAAAAUAAGCAUAAGUUCAUGGUACAGAGCCUGGUUGUGCUCGAUCACCCUGUUGAAGACUGGAACAAGUUGUGGAAAGAGUCAGAACCACAUCAGUUGAUGGAUGUGAAAUUGAGAUGUGUCUUCGAGAUGCCAACUGUAACGUCAGCCGCAGACAGCAGUGGUGCUUCAGGCGCCAAUGAAAUUGUAAAGGAAGAAUCAGUAAAAAUGAUUGAGUCAGAAAAUAAAGCAAUUCCAUUUCGCGAAGAGAAAGUAUCAAAUGUGCAACCAUCGGAUCAACGUGAAGAGCUAUUGUCCGACAUUAGGCGGCUGCGUGAAGACAAUGAGAAAUUGCAAAGAGAGAAGCGUCAUCUUACGGAUGAAAUCGUCAAAGUACGGGAUUCAUAUUCGAAACCGAUGUACGAUCAGGCCUAUACACCUAUUCUGGGCGAGAAACAAAUUCCGGUGUUCUAUAUAGCGUUGUCGAUUGUUGCGGCCAUAUUUGGCUUUCUGUUUGGCAAAUAUUUUUGAAUGCAUACCACGCAUACAAAACUCUGAAGUGCUGACAUGUUGAUCAAUAAAAAUAACAACAACAUAAAAUGAAAAACGGCGUCAUACACAAACAGAUAAACGAAGAAAACGAAACUAAAAAGAAACUUAUAUAUAAAACCAAGCAACAGUAAAGAAGCAAAAAUAAAAAACAACAAAACUUAGAAAGGAGGAAAUGAUCAAAUGAUUAAAGAUAAACAUAAUGAAAAAAACAAAAACAAGAAAAAAAUCCAGCUAAAAAAUUAAUGAAAAUUGUUGAAAGUUUGUUUUGAAAUGCAUGUAACCAUACACAUAAAUGGGCAUAAGCAAACAAAUGUACGAAAAAAAAACUUGAGAAAAACAUCAGUUAAACUAAGAAACACUAUGAUUUGCAAUUAAAGAAACAAAACAAACGCGCUAAAUAACAACAACAGUCAAAGUAUCACAUUUAUAAUGAAAUAGCAAGCAAACAUGUAUAAAGCUCGGUGUAAGGUAGGCAAACGAACGUUGACUGAACAUAUGGAGUAAGGACGGCAAUUCAAAAUCUAUAAAUUGUGUGUGUUUUUGUGUAAACGCUUGCAGAAUACACUUUUUGCAUAGCCAAAGGGCACCGAUUGAACGUUGGCACGGCAUUUAUUCAUAACUUUAUAUUAUAUAGCAACAAGUGAAAAAAAGAAAUGAAUAAUUAAAUAUUUAAAAUAUGCACUAUAUAAAGCGUUAGGUUUAAUAUUUUAUUGUAUGUUUUUGGAUCAUGCUUGUAUAAAUAUAGUAGCAACAAAACGCUGUAGCAGGGUCUUUACCAUUGAGACCGUUAACUGAAUAGAAUAAAGAAGUACUAAUUAAUUUGCCUUUGCAGAUACGAAAACUUUUUCGCAUAUGAAUAUAUUAUUAGUAUACGUAGCUCUAACAAUGAAUCACUUAAUUUGUGGCAUUGAGCAGUUUUUGUUGUCUUUUAUUAUUAUUAUUUUUCUUUUUAAACAUUUCCUAAGUUAAUAUGCAUGCAUUCAAAUAUAAAUAUAAAUAAACAAUUUAUUCAAA